AUGCCAAACAAACUCGGUGGACUUCAGUAUUUGAAUGCAACAAAGGCAGCUGCUUAUAUGGGAUAUUUAAUUUCCUCGGAUGAAGAUGGUGAUUCUGAUUCUGAAGAGUCCACAAAGGCCAGUAGGAAGAAGGAGUCAGAAAAGAUAGCGAAGAAGAAAACCAACAAGAAGACCACACCACGCUCAAAGAGAACUGCAAAGUUACCAUCGAAGACGGUUUCAAAUGGGAAUUCAUCGAUAGAGAAUGCUUCUUCAAGCAGUGGAGAAGAGGAAUCCGUCCAUGUCUCUUCAGAAGAGGAGGCUAGAGUGAGAGUCUCCAAAGAAAUCGCCAAAAAGAAAGAGAAAGUGGAGAGUCAACCUAUUUCAAAUAGUUCAACCAAAGGUACUACUAUCCGGUUUGAGCGUUUGUUCCCUAUCUGCAAUUUUAAUGAAGUUUGGUUAGCAAGUUCUCGAUUCUCAGGUCAUAAGAAAAUAUAUGCUCAUUCUACUAGAGCAAAAUAUGUACGUUAA